CAGAUGCAUUAUAAGCAACAUCGAUUCCUCUUCGAGCAAUAAAAUACUACAAUGAACUCUCAUCGAUCAGCACGCGCUGCUAGAGCUAUUAAUUUGGAAUUUUUUAAAUCUCCAUUGUGUCUGCUAAUUGGCAUUAGCUGCAUUGUUUGUUUGACCAACCAACAACAGUUUCCCUUUCCCGGCUCAUUUCCCACAUUUCUACAAUCUAGGCUCAAUCCGAGUCUAGCAAAAAACAGUCGAUGGCUACCGCCGGGACAACAAUUGGUUUUUAGCAGAAAUGAAGACAAUGUAGAGCGCGCUGGAUCGGAAACGACUGCCAGCCCCAUGGGUACUACUUCGAAUCCUGUGUUCGUCAAUAAUGUUCCGGUCAUUCCAACUCUGGCACCAUUUUUACCCACAGUCACAACUGCAUCACCUCAACACUUGGAGUGUAUUCGUCAAUGCCCCACCACAUCUGAAUAUAAUCCAAUAUGUGCUAGUAAUAGGCAAAUGUAUGGCAAUGAGCAAAAGUUCAAUUGUGCAAGAAAUUGUGGAGCAGAUAUUCAAAUUGUGCGCAGAGGCAGUUGUGAGGGUCUGGUUCAAAUGACUAAAGGUUGAUGAGGUUGUUCUACCAUACUAACAUUUAAGAUUAUUUAUUUCUUUUUUGUUAUAAUUUUAAAGCCAAUAAAACUCUCAAAUAUUUAA